AUGCUCGCUGUUGUGCCUGUUCAGCUGUCAGGAUGCAUCGACUUUGAGAGAUUGCAGGCCGUGAGUGAUCGCAUCCCGGCGUCCAUUGCCCAGGACCGGAGUCCUCGGAUCACGGAACACCCGACAGACAUGACGGUAGGAAAGAACGACCCGGUCACUUUGAAUUGCCAGGCCGAGGGCAAACCAGAUCCCGAGAUCCAGUGGUUCAAAGAUGGGGUCGCCGUCGCGAGCGGAGGGAAAUCUCAUCGAGUGGCUCUGCCUUCGGGGGCUUUGUUCUUCCUUCGAGUCAUGCAGACGAAGAAGGAGCAAGAUGCGGGGACGUAUUGGUGUGUGGCUCGGAAUCGGGUCGGCACGGCCAGGUCAAACAAUGCCACCCUCACUGUUGCCGUGUUGCGUGAUGAUUUCCGGAAGGAGCCGGAAGAUACGAAAGGAGUGAAAGGUGAAACGGUGAGACUGGGAUGCGAUCCUCCCAGAGGUCAUCCGGAUCCCGUGGUUCGAUGGACCAAAGAUGACAUCCUUGUCCCCAUUCACCGAGAUUCCAGGUUGCGAGUGGAAGGAGGAGACCUGGUGAUAGGGAAGGUGGAAAAAGAAGACGAGGGUAAAUACAAAUGCCUUGCCGAGAACGUCGUCGCACUUCGAGAAUCUCGCCCUGCACUUCUCACCGUCCACGUGAAGCCGUUCUUCAUAAAGGAGCCGACGGAGACGAUCGUGCAGGUGGAGACGGAUGUCCAAUUCAAGUGUCGAGUGGGGGGAGAUCCUUUACCCCAGGUGACUUGGGAAAGAGUAGACGGGGUUCUGCCCAUGGGACGAUCUAGAGCGAUCCAAGACCAAGGUCUCGUCAUUCAUCGGGCUCUGCCCCAAGAUGAAGGUGUAUAUGUGUGCCAGGCUUCUAACCUCGUCGGCGCCAUUAAAUCCAGCGCAAGACUCAUCGUGCACUAUACUCCGACGUUCCUCAUCCAGCCGAUGGAUAGGGAAGUGGAGGAAGGGACAACGGUGGAACUGGAAUGUCAGGGCUCUGGGAAUCCCACCCCUGCACUCUUCUGGAGCAACGGCUCCCAGGAGUUGCUGGUACCAGGGUAUACAAUGAAGGAAGGUCGAUUAUCGGUGUCGUCCAUGGGGACGUUGACGAUCACGGAUGCGAAACGGGAAGACUCUGGGCGGUGGGGAUGCUUCUUGCUCAGUGAAGCCGGAUCGUCUGUCGCCUGGGCCCGUCUCAAGGUCCUUUCCCUCGCCGACCUUCCUCCGCCCAUCAUACAGAUGGGACCGGGUAACCAGACGUUGCCCGUUGGAUAUGAGGCGAUUCUACCGUGUCAAGCCAUCGGUUCACCGAUCCCUUCCAUCAGGUGGCUCAAGGACAAUAUACCCAUUUCCGGUGCCAGUGUGAACUCUCGCUUCUCCAUCCUCGACACUGGCACUCUUCGCAUCAUCGAUCUGCUGGAAGAGGAUUCCGGGGAAUAUCGGUGCGUGGCGUCGUCGGCAUCCGGGGAGACGUCUUGGUUCAGUGUUUUACUGGUGAGGGAUCCAAAGGGGAACGAGAACGUAUCCUUCCAUCGAACCCCGGAAGAGUCCACGUUCCCGGGUCCCCCAUCCAAACCGUCAGUGGUGAACGUGACACGGGACUCGGUGACGUUGUCGUGGGAGCCGGGCAGCCACGUUGGGGCCUCUAACCUCGUCGGUUACACCGUGGAAUACUUCAGCAGCACCCUGGGCACGGGCUGGGUCCUCGUCGCCUUCCGGGUCCUCACUCGCGUCUAUACCCUCAUUAACCUCCAGCCCGGAGCCGAAUACGUCUUCAUCGUGCGCGCCGAGAACGGACACGGUUUGAGCGUCCCCAGCAACGUGAGCGAACGAGUGACGACCGGGACGUGGAAUACGGAGGCGGGGACAUCGAGCACGCUCGUCCUUCGUAACGCUUCGCCCUUCUCUCCCACAUCCAUCAACAUCUCUUGGAAGUUGGACGAAGUGGGAAAGGGAUUGCGUGGAAUCUACGUGUAUUGGCGGGAACGUAAUGAGAGUUCCGAGGCGAUGAGCAUUCGAGACGGUUGGAAGAGCAAACGGGUGAAGGUAGAAGCCGGUGAGGGUGACUUCGCCCUCGACGACCUGCGAGAGUACUCUUCUUAUGAGGUCUUCCUUCUUCCCCUGGCUUUUGGGGGAAUCCAAGGGAAACCUUCACAUUCCGUCAUCGUCCGCACUCUUCAAGCCCGACCGAGUUUGGCGCCUAGUCGGGUGUUCAGCAAGCGCAUAAACGGGACAACAGCAGGAAUCCGUUGGGACCUCUCUGGUUCUGGGCUACGGGGGAUCAUCCAGGCCUAUUCCGUGGAGGUGAGGUCGGAGGACGGGUCGCUCCAUUCCAAUUUCACCAUUCGGUCCCAGUCCCGUUCCCUGAGUCUUCAUAAUCUGACGGAGGGGAAGGGAUACAUGAUCCAACUGGCAGCCUUGAAUGCUGCCGGGAUGGGUCCCCUGUCCGUCCCGGUCAGGAUCUCUCCCCAUCCUAGUCCCGAUCCCGAGGAAUAUCAAACCCUGGACCCGGACGAGGAAUCCGAUGGGGAGGGGACAGGAGGAGAGGGAAACAACCUGUUGAGGGAAACCUGGUUCAUCGUCCUCAUCGGCGUCCUCUCCUUCCUCCUUCUAGGGGCCUUGGUCUUCUUUCUCCUCCUCAAGAGGAGACUCGCUCACAAUAAGUCUCUGAAACACGAUGGAUUGGAGAGGAAGGGGUACGGCAACACGAGCUCCUCUUCUUCGGAUCGUGAGAAUCUCUGGAUCGAUCCUCGGUGGAAACCCGUGGAAUACGAACAUAAUUCCGAGGCAAAACUCCUCAAUUGGACCCCUGAAAACCCUCUCAUUGGGAAGGUGAUGUGCCAGACGGAGUAUUCGGAAGUGGAACGGGGAUUGGGGAAGAAAGGUUCGGAUUCUCCGGGGCCUUAUGCCUCCACGUCCAUCUUCCAUACUUUUCAAGACCAUCACCUCCAGUUCAAUGGAAUGGGGAACUCCCAACCGGGGAUGUAUCACCAGAGAUCGGCGGAAUUACUGGCCAACUGCGAUCUCGGCCCCGUGAAGAGGACCUGCCUUACCAAAUUCGGCACAGAGGGGAUCGGGAUGGAGAGGGGCAAGCGGGAGAGAAGGAAGAGGAGGGGUGAAGUGGGAGUGGGUGGAAGUUGUGUGAGGCCCUAUCCGCCCAAGCUGAGCGACCUCCUACCUCCACCUCCAUCCAGACCCAGCGAUGGAGACCCUCCACGUUCGCAUUCGCCCGAACUCCUGCGGGACAACUAUCGAAUGUCCUUCUCAUCGGGAUACAACAGCCCGAAUUUGGCAAAGCGGGCGGAGAGGCUUGGACGGGAGAAGCGGGGAGAAGAGGAGGAGGAAGGGGGGAACCUUUACGAGAGCAUUUCGUCGAGUCCCGAAAAGAAGAAAGUGGAGUUGGGAUUCCAUCCGUGCAUGGAUCGGGGGAUCCAAUCCUCUCUUCCUUCCCUUGGCUCUGCUUCCGAAGGCCCUCAAACCGCCGUGGCAAAACGUUUCCGUCGAGAUGAGAUGGACGAGAUGGACGAGAUAGACGAGAUAGACGAGGUGGACGAGAUGGACGCAGCAGCUCGAGAGCCUGAAGAAUCUGGAACCUUCUCGCUCUUAUCAAAACAGGAAGAUAAUACUCGCAGCAGUGAAGGCCGGGCGAAAAUGUGUUUUGAAACAUCUGAUCUGGAUCUGGCCUGGACCCAUCAAAAACAAGAAAGGUUCGAGGCGGGGGCAUUAUUCCUUCUGCGUGAAGUCACCAAAAAUGCGACAGUGGAGGCCGAGAAUCCCUCCCUGGAUCCUCCCUGGAUCCUCCCUGGAUCCUCUCUGGGUCCUCCCUGGGUCCUCCCUGGGUCCUCCCUGGGUCCACCCUGGGUUAAGAGCGUGCUCGUCCCUUUGAGGCGAUGA